AUGCGGGCGCGCGCGGCGCUGCUCUGCGCGGCCGCGCUGCUCUGCGCGGCGGCGGCGCCGGGCGCCCGCGCCUGGCCCGGCGGCGCGCUGUGCCCGCGGCGGGUGGCGGGCGCGGGCGGCACCCGCUACCUGGCCUUCCUCAGCCGCGGGCCCGGGCCGCCGGCGCUGGUGGAGAGCACCUGGGCCGGGCGCGGCCGCCUGCGCGCCUGCUGGGCGCGGCGCGACCCGCGCCUGGCCCGCGCCUUCCGCGCCGCCUGCGCGCGCCGCCCGCCCGCCGCCGGCGCCGCCGCGCUGCGGCGGGACCUGGCCGCGCUGUGGCGGCGCCGCGCCGCCUGCCGCGACCCGCGCGGGCUGGCGCGGGGGCGCCGCCGCCGCCGCGGCUGGACCAUGCCGGGCACGCUGUGGUGCGGCGCCGGCGACUCGGCGGGGAGCCCCACCGAGCUGGGUCUCUUCCGGGGCCCCGACGGCUGCUGCCGGGAGCACGACCGGUGCGAGGCGCAGAUCGCGGCGCUGGAGUUCAACUACGGCAUCCGCAACUACCGGCUGCACACCGUGUCCCACUGCGACUGCGACGGCAGAUUCCGGCGGUGCCUGCUGGACCUCAACGACACCAUCUCCAACAUCAUCGGCGUCACUUUCUUCAACCUGCUGGAGGUGCCGUGCUUCGUGCUGGAGGAGAGCGAGGAGUGCGUGCAGUGGCGCUGGUGGGGAGGGUGUGAGCGUUAUGGUGUAGUGCCCCUGGCCAGGAUGGUGCAGCAGAAUCAGUACCACUAUGGCCUGCCAGUGGAGGAGACGGACAGCCCCACCACGCAGUCCCCACGCAAGGGAAAGAAGUCCUCUAGGCUUGGCCGGAAGCGGCUACGACAGAGACUGGGACAAAAUCCUAAGCUCCGCCGGACGCAGAGCCCUGGGCAGAAUGAGAGACUUGUGACAGUGCAGCAGCCAUGGGGCCCAAGUACCUUGCCCCCUGCAUCUACUAGGGAUGAGGCUGAGCCCACAACCAGAUACCUGACAGCUCCAUGGCAGCUGGAGCCACGGCCUUCGACAGCAAUGACCAUGUUGGAGCAGGACUCUACUGGAGAAAGGCAGAUACUUGGAGUAACACAGCAAGGGGGUAAGGGUUCAGCACAUCCUGCCUGCAUGGCCCACCGUGAAGAAGGCAGCAUCAGAUCCAGCCCAGCUGCGGAGCUGCACAAAGCAACCCCCGUGCCUCCCCGGGCUCAGCGCAGGCAGCAGGGUGUAGGCAGGAUGUGCAGGUGCUACAAGCGCCUGGAUAAGUGCGAGCACCAGAUUGCACCCCAUGAGCUCAAGUACAAGCUGCAUAACACGGACAUGCGGACCCUCUUCCACUGCAAUUGCACUCGCAGACUGGCCCGGUUCCUGCGCAGGGUGAGGGGCCUCAGUGACGCGGAGGAGGCCGUGCUGGCUGAGCGCGUUGCCGCGGACUGCUUCGUACUGAAGCCGCUGGCUGACUGUGACCUGGGCAAGGAGCCACGGCACAACUGUAUUACAGUGACCCAGGCUGUGCUAGUACCUGCUCGGCACCUCAGAAACACCUUGAGGCACUGGGAUCCACUGCAUAUGACCUCCAAGAUCAAACAUCAAGACCAGAAGAUACAGGAUAGUGGUGGCUCACUCUAUGAGAGAUGCUUGCAACUGGCCUUGGAACAGAAAUGGGGAGUUCAGCACCCCACAGCACCCUGA